AUGCCUCCAAUUCAACUCUUCGGACCCACGUGCGUUUUUGUUUCAUCAAAUGAUGAAAUUUUUAUCGCUGAUUGCAACAAUCAUCGAAUUAGAAAAUUAAAUAAUCAGAAAAUCAUGACAGUAGCAGGGAAUGGUGAAUUGGGGUUUUCGAGUGAUGGUGGAUUGGCAAUUAAUGCUAAAUUAAAUUAUCCAAAUGGUGUGUUUGUUGUAAAGGAGGAAGUAUAUAUUGCAGAUUAUCAUAAUCAUCGAAUUAGAAAGGUUUCGAAUAAUGGAAUAAUUGAAACGAUUGCUGGAAAUGGAGAAGGUGGAUUUGAAGGAGAUAAUGGUCCAGCUAUUAAUGCCAAAUUAAAUUAUCCAACGAGUGUGUUUGUUUCAGAAAAUGGAGAAGUUUAUAUUUCGGAUUAUCUGAAUAAUCGAGUUAGAAAGGUUUUACAAAACGGAAAUAUUGUAACAAUAGCAGGAAAUGGAAAAUUAGGAUGUUCAGGAGAUGGUGGUUUGGCAAUUAAUGCCGAGCUCAACUGUCCAAUGAAUGUAUUUGUAUUCAACGAAGAGGUAUAUAUUACGGAUUCAGCAAAUCAUCGUAUUAGAAAGGUUUCGAAAAGUGGAAUAAUUGAAACGAUAGCUGGAAAUGGAAACGAAGGAUUCAGUGGAGAUGACGGAUUGGCCACUCAGGCUCAACUCAAUUGUCCAAUGAGCACAUUUGUAAACUCUAAUGGAGAAAUUUAUAUUACAGAUUCUAAUAAUUUUAGAAUUAGAAAGGUUCUAAAAGUGGAAUAA